AUGGGCAAGACAAAGAAAUUGAGCAGUAACAGCAGCAAACAAAGCGUUGAAAUUCAGGAAAAGACACCCAAGCAAUUGGAAGAUUUCCAAGGCUUCAAAGUGCUCCCUGUCAUCAUGGAUGAAAACAACAAGAGUGUUCGCCACUAUUUUUACAUUAGAAAGCACGAAAGCAAAUCACUUGUCGAUGAGGACAUCAAGGACCGCACACUCUUCAUGUUGAAUUUACCUGCUGAUACUACAGACCGCCAUAUCAAGAAGCUUUUCAAGGGACAUGGCAUUGAUCAAAUUACCUACAGUGAUUCCGGUUCAUCCGUUUCUGAAGAUUACUGGAAGAUUCAAGCAAAGCAACAGCAACAACAAUUAGAAGAAGCUGCCAACAAGAAAAAGAAGAAGCACCAAAAGCAACAGCAAGAAGAAAAAGACCCAGAAGUGAGAGAAUUAAGGAAACUAUUUACAAGCGGAUCUUCAGCACACAUUGUAUUCAGUACGGAUGAUGAUUUGACUCAGGUGCUGUCGAUGCGCCGUGUUGAGAAGAAGUGGGCAAAGGAAGACGAAUUAGUUGAUCAGCCAUUAGGCUUUGAACGCUACAUUUUAGCAUACGACUUAUCACGACCCAAUGCCGAAGAUCUUCAACAAGAAGUGGAUUCUUUCAUGAUGAAGUUCAAGGCCGAUGAAUACCAAAAAGAGCGCGAAAAGUUGGAGCGUAUGAACCAAAUGGACGAUGAUGGAUUCACAGUGGUGGUUCGUCACAAGAAGACCAAGGCGACUGACGGUACUAUUCAUGUGGGAUCCAUUACUGCAGAAGCUGCGGAGGCUCAAAGAGAACACCAGCUCAAAAAGAAGAAGGAAUUAGUCAACUUUUAUCGCUUCCAAAUGCGCGAAAAGAAGCAGAAUGAACUGGUGGAGUUGAGAAAGCGUUUCGAGGAGGACAAGGCAAAGAUUGCUCAAUUGAAACAAACUAGAAAGUUCAAACCUUAUUAA